AUGAAGACACCAAUUAAUUAAGACCUAUUAGACCAAUAUAUUGGGAUGGGGUUUUCCAAAGAAUUGAUCACCAUGGCAUGGGAAGAGAGCAACACAGAAGCUGAUGUCAUCAAUACGCUACUCACUUUGUCUGACAAAAACAAUGCACUUGCCAAUACACCAACAAAACAAGACGAAGAGAUCCUACUAAAUUAAGCAUUAAUAGACUCUUACAAAACUAAUCCUUAAGCGACUACAUCCACCUUUGAAAUGGUAUCACCCGAAUAACGAAAGAGAACAAAUGGGGUUCCUUGUGGUCUUAAGAAUGUUGGCAAUACUUGUUACUUUAAUGGAUUACUCUAAACAUACUUCUUCAAUAGUGAUUUUGUUAAAAUCAUUAUCAAAUUUCAACCACCUGCUCAAAUUGAAUAAGGUAAGUAGGGCAAAUCCAUUCAAUUGGUGCAAAAUCUUCAACAACUAUUCUUAAGUAUGAUAGGAAGUGAUAAAAAAUACGUGGAUCCAUCAGAUGUAAUCAAGAGCAUCUGUGAUGACUUUGGAAAUGUUCUUCCUAUAGGUGAUCAGAAGGAUGUUGGAGAAUUCAAUACCUACUUCCUAAGCAGGAUUGGGGAGGGCCUAGCUUAUAAUGAACAUUAACCUAGCAAAAUAGAAGAGCAACCUCAUGAAGGUCCUCCUUCUAUUUUGAGAAUGAAAUCAUCCACUAUUCAUGAUGAGGAUGUUGUCUCCAAAUUAUUCUUUUGUAAAGUGCAUCAUUACUUGUAAUUUGAUCAAGCUGGUGUCCCUCAAAAUAGAGACAACACUGAGCUUUAUAACUUCAUUCCUAUCGAUUUACAAGAUGGAAAUCUUUAUGAUGGUUUCGAUAAUUUCGUUGUUAAUUCUAUUGAAGAUUUCAAAAAUGAUUUAAGUGAAACUGUUUGUGCAACUAAGUACAAUUGGGUUCAAGGUGCUCCAUAGACAUUGUCGUUCUAAAUUAAAAGAGUUGCUUAUAAUAAAGAGAAAAAUGAUCUUGUAAAACAAAAUGAUGAAUUCUAUUUCGAAGAGGAAAUCUAUUUGGAUCGCUUCCUUUAUGAAAACAGCAAACGAUACCUGGACAUUCGAAAUUAAAAUAGAGAAUUGAAGGCUAAAUAAAAAGUAAUUAAAUAAGAAUUAUUAUAACUCUCAAAAUUUGAUGAUAAAUAUGAUCUACAAGAUGUUUUAUAAACUGCAGUCAAAUUUUUAACAAUACAAUCAAAAGAAAAUCCUCAAAACCCAGCCAAUUUUGGACCCUCUGAUCAAAAAAACACUAUUGAACAACUCCAAAAAUAUUCAUAGCAAGUCUAAAAAAAAAAGGAACACUUACAAAAACAAUAUAAUGACCUUGAAGAUAAGAUCUAGGCUUCUUACAAUAAUUUUAAGGGAAACAAAUAUCAAUUAUAAUCCGUUUUGAUUCAUGAGGGAAUGGCAAAUUCUGGACAUUAUUACACUUACAUAAAAGAUUUCAGAUUAAAUAAGUGGUUCAAAUUCAACGAUAUUCGUGUUACAGAAGAAACUAGAGAGAAAGUGUUCCAAGAUGCCAUUGGUGUCAAACCAGGUAUCAAUGCCUACUUACUUAUCUACGUGAAAGAUGAACUUGUAUAAGAAGAAAUGAAAUUUCCAAAAAGGUUAUAUUCAACAAGCACAGAGAAGGAUUAUUUAUAAGACAGUUAUGGAGGUUUCCUUAGUCAAAGUCAAAAUGAAAGCAUUAAAAGAGAAAAUCAAUUGUUCUAGAAUGAAAUUGAAGAUUACAAAUAGGCUAGGAUAAUUGAAAGAAUUACUGAAGCUUAUCAAACUCGGUUUGAAUUUGUGAAUGAACACUAUCGUACAUUGGUUAAUAAGACUUAAAACAUCAAGUUUAAGCCUAUUUUUAUUUAAAAUUUCCCCAUUUACGUUAAAAGCAAAGCAUCAUAGAUAUCAAAUCAAAAUACUUAGCAUGAUAAUUUAAUAAAAUGGAUUAUCUUGGAUUCUGCAUUACGUGAAGUUUAAGAAAACAAAUAAGGAAUCUUUGGGGGAUAAAUCGGCGAAAAUUUUUAAAAUAAGUUGAUAAAUAAAUUUUCAGCCCAAUUCAAUGAAUUUAAAAGGCCAUCAGCUAAAUUGACAUAAUCUGAAUAAAAUGAUUUGAAUAAAUUUGAAUAGGAAUAUUUGAAUUAUGUAAACUUAGGAUCAUGGGCUACAAUCAUAUUAGAACUAUUGGAGAAAAAGGAUUUUAUUCAAGUUUUAUAAGUUCUAUAAUGUUUGACUAAGAAAGUGAAAACUUUAGAGUAAUAGAGUUACUUUUUUAAAUUUACUAAGAAUCUAAAGAUUUUAGUGCCUAUCAUUAUAAUAGGUAAGAUGAUACCAAAAGAAUCUUAAGUUAAUCUAAAAGAAUUAUAGUUAUUGUAGGCAUAUUUAGUGCAUAAUCACUUCUAAUAUGAUGAUCCAAAGUUAUGGAAAACUGAGAUAUCAAUUAUGUUAAAUGCUAUAAUAGAAAAUCAUAAUUAAUAGGCUGUAAAAGAAAUUAUUGAUAAUUUUGAAGCUGAAAAUAAGAUAAAGGAAAACAUGGACUUGUUAGAAUUUUUGUCUGAGGAAGUUUAAAAUUAUUAAUUAGUGAUAAGUUCUUCUUAUGAGAUCUAUUUCUGGAGCACAUAUUAAAAGCAAGAUCAAAUAUAUGAUAAGUUGCUUGAAGGAAUGAAUAAGUUGAAAUAAUUAUUUGAUGUAAGAUAUCACAAUAAAUCAUAUUAGCCGUUUAUAAAAAUUCAAUAGGCCUUAAAGGAUCCCCAGCCUCUUAUGAAGGAAGACUUAGAGAAAAUUAUAAAAUGA